AUGAGCUCUCUCUCCUCCAAAGCUAUUGGAGACCUCAAGAGUCUCCUUGACGUAGCUACCUCCGACAAGGACACCGGCCUUCCUUGUGUGGGCGCUGUCGUUGUAGGUAAUGGGCGUCAUUGGGCCACUGAGCUAUUCGAGCAAGUCGACGACAAAGCCGACUUCUAUUGGCUUGCCUCGUGUACCAAGCUGGUGACGUCGAUUGCAUGUCUUCAGCUUGUUGAGAAGGGUGUACUGGCGCUCGACGAUGCUGACCAAGUUGAGCGGCUAUGUCCCGAACUGAAGGAUAUCAGGGUCGUCAACAGAGACGGGGCCCUCGAGGAUAAGGAAGGACGCAUCACCUUGAGAAUGCUUCUGACACAUACCGCCGGGUUCGGAUACUCGUUUAUGAACCUGUCACUGGCCAAGUACAGGGAAGGUCAGACUCCGUUUGACGAGAUGUCCGGUUCCAUGGAGGACAUGCUCCAGCCCCUUGUCAAUCAGCCGGGAAGGACCUUUGAGUACGGAAUAUCGCUCGAUUGGGCCGGCAUAUUGCUCGAGCGCGCUACUGGACAGAAGCUCAGCGAGUAUAUGCGGGAGUCAAUCUUUGAGCCUCUCGGAAUCGAAGAGAUGACAAUGUUCCCCUCAAAGGAUCUCCAGGCUCGUGUUGCCGGGCUAUGGAAUCGUGGCGAGGAUGGUGUAGUCCGGCCAGGUCCCCUUCACCUAGACAAGUGGUUCAACGCUACCAGCCCCGAUGAUGCAUUCAACAGCGGCGGUGCAGGGCUCUGUGGGACUUUACGAGACUUCUCCAAGAUCCUCGUGACACUGCUCAACAAUGGCACGUCGCCAACUACAAACAAGAAAAUCUUGAAGCCAUCUACAGUCGAUGACCUUUUCACAAACCAACUCCCGGACCAGCCUGACUUUGCCAGGCGUCCGCUUCCUACAUGUAAGCCCUGGGUGACCUCGGCGGCACCGGAGCUGUACCCGUUUUGCCCGCCAUCUAAACCCCAGGGAUGGGGGCUCGGGGUCAUGUUGUCACCCAGUAUCACCGGACGCUCGGACACAGCAGCUCACUGGUUUGGGGUCUCUAACUUGUUUUGGUGGUGUGAUAGGGAGAAGGGGGUUGCGGGCAUAGUGGGAUCCCAGAUACUUCCGUUCUCGGACCCUCAGGUCGUUGAGCUUUGGGCUCAGGUCGAGUCCAAAGUGUACGAAGAUGUCAGUAAAUAG